AAAUCAAAGAAAACAAGUCUAGAUAUACAAACUUUGUGGAGACUCAAGAAAAAUGGAGACAAGUUCGUUAUUGGUGGCUACCUUUUUCCUCGUACUGAUCUUUCAAACUAACAAACUAGAGAGUGGGCAUGUCCGUUACACUGAUCAAGGCAGGGUCAAGAACAUCAACAAUAACACUGAUAAAAGCAACACAACCACCAAAAUAGUUCUCAAGGACAUGAAAACACCAAGUCACGGUGGAGGAAGCAAUAGCUAUAGAUGGGGAGGUGGCGGCGGUGGAGGUGGUGGGGGUGGAGGUGGUGGCGGUGGUGGUGGUGGUGGAGGAGGAGGUGGUGGUGGUGGUGGAGGAGGAGGAGGUGGUGGAGGCGGAUGGGGAUGGGGAGGAGGAGGAGGAGGUGGUGGUAGAGGAUGGUACAAAUGGGCUUGCAGCCGGGGAGGAGGAAGAGAAGGAAGAGGAGAAUUUGUGAAAAGAGAAUAUGCAGAGUGCAAAGGAAAAGGGAAAUGUAGAGGAAAGAGAUUGGAAUGUCCUCAACAUUGUGGAGGUUUCUGUUUUUACGAUUGUCUCUUUCUCUGCAAACCGCAUUGCCUUCGCUAA